AUGUCAGCAAUAUACAUCUCGUCUGGAUCCUCUGUGAGCUCGUCUGAUGGGCCUGGCAGCUCAUUGGGAUGGCUCCAAAGCUCCGCCAGUAGCCCUAGUGGCUCAUCACUAUCUUUGAGUACAAAAGGCUUGACGACCGCCUCCUCCGCUUCCAUCUCUUUUGCCUCCCCAGCUGUCUCUUCGUCUUCCGCCCCUUUCCCGCAAUGGUCUCCACCGGAGGUUCAUGCCGCUUUCAACGGAUCUUCGAAUUCGUCUGGGUUCCCAAAGUUCAACGUCGAUCAGAAAGAGAAGAACGUGCCUGGAAUCACCGCUUCAGCGUCAUAUUCAGCCUCUGGGGCCUUCAGUUCCGCAAUUCCCGCUUCCAUUACGUCCAUGAGAAACCCGUUCAACGUCACUAAACCGUUAAAUCAAACGAACGUCUGUGGUGGACCCGUCUCUAUUGCCUCGAGUCUGAUCACAUCAGGGCUGUUUCCCGCCAAUGACUGCUUACCCCUCAACUGGGACCAAGGAGUCUUGGACAUGCCCUAUGGGGGAAAUUGUUCGAUGAGCCCUGGCUUUGAUGGAUACAACGCCAAAUCAUGCUCGUGCGUGAACAGUGCCGCUAAGUGGUAUCACGACUACGCCACCGCAACGGUUACUUCACAACAGUGUCAAUCGAGCUACGACUUGUAUGAAGCUCUGGAUAUUCAGACUCUGGGAUGUUCUUACAAUACUAUCACGGAGCUGGCAACCCCGUACCCUGCUCCGACGAGCUGCUGCGACAAAUGUGAAGUGGCCGCCAGCGCCGUGCAGCUCGUUUACUGGCCACCUGCAGAUGCCCCAUCAAACUCUUCGAGCGGAACAAAUACUACCGGCUCAAGUAAUUGGAAUGUGACUGCAGCGCCAGUACAAUCAGCGGCAUCUUAUGGCAUCGUCGAAAAUGGAUUCACCUUCAUCUCGCCCUCAGUCUAUGUCAUCUACAGCUCAAUACAAGCCUCAGCAUCGUGUGUGGCGCUGUUCAACAGCCACAUACCCAUAGGAUCAGCCUAUACUGCAGUCACUCGUGCCUAUGACCCCAACGGACUCUCUACUGCAAUCUGCGAGGCUGAGAACAUGGGUGCGGGCAUCGAAUAUUGUAUCUCUCCUGUAGCCGACCAGAACAAUCCCGCGUACUGCUUUCAGGGCAUCGACAACGGCUGGAGGCAAAUCGAUUUUUCGGAGCUCUACGAUCCUCCGCCGGCUUCAGACCUCCUUACCAGAUAUCAGUCUUGCUUUCCGGGACAUUCCAUCAGUGCCGAUUUCGCUUCCAUGAUGUUCGUGAAGCCCCAGCUCGCUUUUCCGCCCGACGUUACGGACAUCGAUCCGGUGUGGGCGACUUGGGGUGGAAGCACUUGCACGCCGGUCAAUUUAGGCGUCUACGAUCCACCGCGGGUGCUGCAGAAAGCUACCGCUCUCGCACCUGUGCCGACGCCGGCUGCAGAUCCACAGGCUGAAAAAGCACCUCCGUCUCCAGCGGCAACUUUGAAGUCUCCUGUCGCUGCUCCCACCACGGCUGCAACUAGCGCUGAACCUAACAACGGCGUGAAAGCAAACGAUCCCGGUAGCAAUAAUGCGGGGACGGCAACGCCUACCACUGCGCAGUCUGACCCAGUGGCUGCUGUUGUGGAUCCUGUUGAUCCUUCAGUCGUUGCGCAGAACGAAGGCUCGCCAGCGACUGGAAACAGUAAUGUCGUAAAAGCAGGCUCGAAUUCGAAAUCAAACUCGGAUCCAGUGGCUGCUGUUGUGGAUCCGGUGAAUGGUUCCGUGGGUGAGCAAAACGAAAGUCCACCAAACACUGCAAACAGUGGUGCAGUGAACGCAGGCUUGAGUUCAGACCCGAACUCGGAUCCGAGCUCUGGCAACUCUAACAGCGAUCCUGGGGCUUCUGGAGGGGGAACUACGCCAGUCGAUACAGAGAAGCAGUCAGGGGCGAAUGCAGCGACGAACCCGGGAACUGAUCCCAGCACCGACUCUGCAACUGGGAACAAUGACCCUUCCACUGCUCCUAUCACUCUCUUACCUCAGCAGCCUGUAGAUACGGCAAAGGAGAACGGCGGUACCAGCGCUACUAGUGGAAAAACUGGGAAUGCGGUUGGUGGUGCCAACGGAGGCUCGAAGGGCGGCAACAGUGGUAUCACGAAUGGAGGCACGAGUGGAGGAACCAGCGGCGGUACGACUGGAACUAAAGAAGACACCAGUGGAGGCACUGAUAGCGGGUCGAAUGGCGGCAUAAACGAUGGUACCAGCGGCAGUCCGAACGGCGAUGGUAACACCAAUCCAGCACCCAUUGCCUCAGUCAACAGCCAACCGAUCACCAAAGACACUUCGGGAAACAUCCUGCUCUCUGGCUCAACAUUGGCACCAGGCAGCACAGCCAUCUUCUCCGGCCACACCAUCGCCAACGCCCCUUCUGCCGUCAUAAUGGACGGCUCCACCUACGCUCCCUCCCCCACCACACCUUCCGCACCCUCACUCCUCGUCAACAACCAACUUCUGCAACUGACCAAUGGCGGCUUGAAGAUCGGAUCUCGGACCCUCGUCCCGGGCACCCACACCACGAUGGACGACCACGUGAUAGACUACGCCAAUCCAAGCCAGGUGAUCGAAGACGGCGUCACUCACAACCUCGCUCCUGUCUCCUCUUCCAAUCCGCUCGUCCUCAGCGGUCAAACCCUGUCACGAGCUACAGACGGCGGUCUCAUAACAGCCGGCACGACCAUCGCACCCGGCAGUGCAGCCGCAAUAGGCGGCCAUGUCUACUCCCUCGCCGGCUCCUCGAGCCUCAUCAUGGACGGCAAUACCUACGCCCUUCCAGCAGCCACGGAUGCAUAUCAAAUCCAAGCCGCUACCUCUUCCCCCCCACCAAUCGUAGCACCCGGUCCUCUGACCCUCGCAAACGGCCUCGUCGUCACAGCUCAACCGUCCACCUCUCCAGACACACCGCAGAACUACCUCCUCCCAAACGGCGCCUCCCUCUCCGCCGACGGCAGCGCUGCCGUGUAUUCCGGCACAACAUACUCCGCCCUCCCGUCAAACGCCGGCAUCGUAGCAGCCGACCCAUCCGGUUCCUCCACCCUCGCCAUCCCCACCGUACCGCCACCCGCCACGCCAUCCAUCCACACAGCAGCCGGCGCGACAUUCACGCCCCAGCCCUCCGGCUUCGCAAUCGGAGGCACCACCCUCACGCCCGGCGGCCGAGCCCUGACCACGUCGGGAACGAUCGUCAGCCUCGGCACGGGCGGGACCUUCGUCCUGGCUUCCUCGCCCACGGUCCUGCCACCCCAAAGCGUCUUCGCCGCCGCCGGCGCCGCCUUCACGGCCCACGCGACCGGAUUCGUCCUCGGCGCCAAGAGCUUCACCCCCGGCGGCGCGGCAUACACGAUCGACGGCACCGUCGUGUCGCUCGGCACGGACUCCGUCCUCUCCCUCGGCGGCACGGCGUACCGUCUCGGUCCGCAGUCCGUCUUCACGCUCGCCGGGCACACGUCCACGGCGGCGGCGACGGGGUUGGGCGGCGCCGUCGCGUCCGGGUUGAGGGGGGUGGGGUUUCAAGGCGCCGCCGCUGCGCGGGGGGCUGACGCGUGGGGCGCUGGGCUGGGGUUGGGGGUCGCGGUCGCGGCGGUUGUGCUGUGA